GAGCCGCUGCCCUCGGUGCCGCAGAGCGGGCCGCGUGGCCCGGCCGCGGGCGCCCUCAGCGCCCGCCGCGCCGCCGCGGCCCUGCGCGCGCAGGUGGUGCAGCGCGGCGUGCCGCUGGCCCUCACGGUGGUGCGCGCGCGGGGCCGGGGGGGCGGCGCCCCGGCCACGUGCAGGUUCUGGGUCCGGGGCAGGAACCCGGAUGCCAAGUUCCAGACGCCGCCAGCGGUUGAGGUCGGCGCUUGCGCGGACCUCGUGUGGGCUUUCCAGCAGAAGGUCCCCGGCGCCGAGGAGGGGGACGUAGUGGAGUUCGAGAUCCUUGACGGCCGCCCCGGCUCGGGGGCGCACGGCUUGGAGGAGCAGGCGCCCACGUGCAGGGGCGUCCUCGUGCUGGUGCGGGCGCACCUCUCCGCGGGCGGGGCGGAGCUCGAGGUGCCCCUCGCGGAGGUGCCCGGCGGCGGGCCCGCGGGCUCCCUGCAGGUCCGCGUGCG